AUGGCAAUAUCUAAAGUCUUGUUGGUUUUAAACUUACUUUUCUGUAAGAUCCCCCAAAGUCUUCUUUCUCAUCGGUGCUUAGCUAAAGGGCCAGGUAUCAUAAAGUGCUCUGGGCGUGUAUGGGUAGAACCAGCCCCAAUCAUUCAAAUGGGCCAAAAUAUUUCUAUAAAUUGUCAUUGCGUGGAAAAGUGUCAGAAAGGGAAACUAUCUCUGAACUUAAAUAAUGCUGAUGUUGAGGAUACGCUCCUAUCAGUUAUAAACCAAACUACAGUUCAGCUCAAUCUUCAGAAUUAUAAUGAGCCCUUUUCCACAGUUUCAUGCCUUCUGAAAAGCUCUAGAAGCCGACUGAUCUGCGGAACACAAUUUUGUAUGGGAUAUCUGCCUGACAAACCAGCCAAUUUAACCUGCAUUAAACCUGAGCAAUUAGAUAAUAUGGUCUGCACUUGGAAAUCAGGAAAGAAAACACAUUUAAACACUAACUACAUUCUAUAUGUGAAAAGUUUAUUCACAGAAGAGAACAAAGGAUUUGUCUCAAACAGUAGCUCGGUUAUCAUUCCAUUGAAUCAACUACAGAAAAACCAAACUUUUUCCAUCUCAGUCCAUGCUGAAAAUUACUUGGGUGGAAUUCAUUCAGAGGAACUUCACGUUGAUCUCAACACUAUAGUAAUACCAGCUGUACCUGUUGUUGUUCAAAAUAAAACAAUGGAGUUUCCAGCAUUCAAGACAAUAAUACACUGGAAAAGGCAAACAGCAAUCAAUGAGACAUAUUGUGAGGAGCGAUAUAAGGAGACAAUAAGUAAAACUUGGCAUGUGAGAGUCUGGGAUGCUAAUUUAAGAAAUGAAGUUAACACUGAGUACAACUUAGAUGCAAAUACGAAGUAUGAGUUUCAAAUUAGAUGCAAACUAACUCGCCCCAGUAGCUUGUGGAGCAGAUGGAGUGAAUCUACAAUAUAUAUUACUCCAGAGAAAGAACCAGCUGCGGUACUUGAUGUAUGGAGGAAAUUCGGGCCAGUUUAUCCCAAUGGUACCCAAGAGAUGACAGUCUUGAUCAAGAUGUUAAACAGAGUAUUGGGUGCCUCAGGAGUAGGAGAAGUCCUGGGAGGUCUAGCGCAGGCCUCAGUGAGUGCAGGAGGCCUUGGGAGGCCUGAGGUUCCCGGAAGUACCUCACGCCAUUCAUCAGGCUCCCCUAAGGCAAUUGGGCCUACUGCCCACUACAUCACAGCUGUAACUUCAAAACUGGUCAUAAGCAGCUUUGGAAGAGUUCAUGAUGGUUUCAUUUGGGUUAACAAAAUGGUUAGUUGGGUAGCACCAAAAUGGCUUUUUGAAGAAUAUCCUAAGAUGGAAAACAGCAAAGUAAUCAAAUAUCUCCAGGAAAAUGAUGAUGAGACAGACAAUUUUUCCGAGCCAUUUUUGGAUGUUGUGGUAACUGAAGUUGAAGAAAUAUUGAUGCAGAACCACUAUAGGGCUGUGGAGAAAAAAAAGGGGGGAAGCAAAACAGUUUCUGAGAAAGUCAGUAGCUCAGAGGAUGUACCAUUUGCCAGCAAUUUGGAUGUGACUGAGAUAAGUGGGUAUAAGCCCCAGACUUCUAAUAAGGCUCAAUUGGGAACUACUUUCAGCAGCAGCAGUGAAAUCCCUGUUCAAAACUGGGACACCAAAUCCAAUUCAAUAGUUUUUCCCAUAAGUAAUUUAAAGAAAGAUUAUACCAGUCCUGUGGCCUCCGCAUGGCCUAUUGUUGACCCCAAUGAAAAUAAGUCUUUAUUUGAUAAAAUCAGCCUUAUUCUCAAAAAUAGUGGAAGUGGGCAGAGCAGGGCAAGCUCAAAAGAUGAAAAUCCAAGCACCCAAAAGGCACACCAGUUGAAGUUUCUGCUUUCAGAUGAAGAUAUUCAAGAACAGACUUUAAUACCAGAUAGUCUAUUUUCUUGCUUAAAAACAAUAAGUGAAGACCGGACCAACAUGUCUUAUUUCCCUCAAAACGCUGUUUGCUAUGAGGAUUGA